ACUUAUAUCAUGCGGGACAUCAUAGCGACCGAUAGGGGGGAACGAAACACUUCUGUGGAGCUGGCGGUCACCAUCACCAACGUGAAGAACCAGCCUCCACAGUGGGAGAAGGAGAGCUACAGUGUCGUCAUCCCUGAAAAUGCCGCCAGAGACACACCAAUAGUGACAAUCAAGGCGACUUCUCAGCUGGGUGAUCCGAGGGUGACGUAUAACCUGGAGGACGGCAUGGUCCCCGAAACCAAAUUGCCGGUCCGUUUUUACCUCUCACCCAACCGCGAGGACAGCUCCGCGUCCAUCCUGGUGUCCGAGCCGCUGGACUACGAGACCACACCCGUCUUCUCUCUCCGGGUUCGAGCGCAGAACGUGGCUGCGGUGCCGCUCGCAGCGUUCACCACAGUUUAUGUUAAUGUUACAGAUGUCAAUGACAAUGUGCCAUUUUUCACAUCCUCGAUCUACGAGGCCUCAGUAACCGAAGGAGCCCAGAUCGGGACUUUGGUUCUCCAGGUGUCGGCCAAUGACAAAGACCUCGGCCUUAAUGGAGAGAUAACUUACUCUCUGCUGAGUGACAGCAGCGGCGACCACCAUCUGUUCCGCGUGGACCCAAAACUUGGCCUAAUCUACACGGAAGCUGUGUUUGAUCGGGAGGCCUGGAGCUCCUAUUUGCUGGAGGUUCAGUCCGUAGACGGCCAGGAAUCGGCGCGACCGGGCAAGAACAAACAGCCCAACUCAGACACAGCGUAUGUGAGGAUUUUCAUCAGUGACGUCAAUGACAACAAACCAGUCUUUGCUCAGCGCCUGUAUGAAGUCGGUGUGGACGAGAAUGCAGAUGUGGGCCUGGCUGUUGUCACCGUUAGCGCUAAUGACGAGGAUGAAGGAGCCAAUGCCAAGCUGCGUUACCAGAUUACAUCUGGCAACAAAGGUGGCGUUUUUGACAUAGAACCAGAGGUGGGGACGAUCUUCAUUGCGCAACCACUGGACUACGAGGAGCAGAAGAGAUACAAGCUACUUGUCCUUGCUUCCGACGGGAAGUGGGAAGACCACGCAGCUGUGGUGGUCACCGUGGUUAACAAGAACGACGAGGCGCCCGUGUUCUCCAUGAAUGAGUAUUAUGGGUCCAUCACAGAGGAGCUGGAUGGGUCACCCGUGUUUGUACUACAGGUGACGGCCACCGACCCGGACAAGGACGCAGACCAGGGCGCCAUACGGUAUUCCAUUCACGGCCAGGGGGCCGAGUCGCACUUCGUGAUCAACGACAUCACAGGCGAGAUGUACGCCCAGCGCACCAUGGACCGAGAGGAGCGCGCCGCCUGGCGCUUUGUUGUCAUGGCGACGGACGAAGAGGGCGAAGGGCUCACUGGCUUUACGGACGUCAUUAUUAACGUGUGGGACAUCAAUGACAACGCCCCCGCCUUCACUUGUGCGCCCGAUAAUUGCCACAGCAGCGUUGCGGAGAACUCUCCUCCGGGAACCUUUGUAGUAGAAAUGACAGCGGCGGACCGCGACGAUGCGCCCGUGGGUCAGAACGCAAUCCUCACGUACCGGAUCAGCGAGAACGUGCGCGUGGCCAACGACGCUGACCUUUUUGUCAUUGACUCCAGCACCGGCACGCUUUCUUUGGCAGCGGAGGGUCUUGACCGAGAGUUUGCCGACAGCCACAGGCUGGUGGUGGAGGCCCGGGAUGGCGGGGGCAUGAUAGGUACGGCCACCGUCACUGUGGCCGUGACGGACAUCAACGACCACGUGCCUAAGUUCAGACAGGACCGGUGUGGCGCUCGCGUGCCCGAGGGCGCCGAUGAAGACGCUGCCGUCCUGGAGCUGAGCGCUGUGGACCCCGACGCGGGCACGUACGGCCAGUUGGCCUUCAGUGUGGUGGCAGGAGAUGCGGAGCAGCGGUUCUACGUGGUCGGCCACAGACCGGAGAAGACGGCCACGCUGAGACUGAAGAAGAAGCUGGACUUUGAGAGGCCGGGAGAGCAGCGGUUCAAUCUGACCCUCAAGGUGGAGGACUCUGACUUCUCCAGCCUCAUCCACUGUCAGAUUCUGGUGGAGGAUGUGAAUGACAAUGCUCCUGUGUUCAUCCCGAGCUCCCGGCUGCUCCCCCCUCUGCCUGAGGACGUAACUGUGGGAACAAGCGUUGUUCAGGUCGUGGCCAGUGACUCCGACUCCGGCCUGAACGGGGACAUUCUGUACAGCAUUUCCCCCCGAUCUGACCCACAUGGGCAUUUCACGGUCAGUCGAGCCGGCCUAGUCACGGUCGCCAAGCCGCUGGAUAGAGAGACGGUUGCGGGUUACGAAGUGGUCGUCAUGGCGACGGAUCGGGGUAACCCGCCGCUGACUGGCACCGUCACGGUCCGCGUGCCACUGCUGGACGUGAAUGACAACGGGCCCGAGCUGGAGGCGGCCUACUCUCCCGUGCUGUGGGAGAACAGUCCGGCGCCCCAAGUGGUCUGGCUCAACAGGAGCUCGACCCUGCUCCGCGUGGUUGACAGGGACUCCUCGGAGCACGGGCCUCCGUUCUCUCUCUCACUGCCCUCACUUUACUCCAUCCACUUCCACCUGCAGGAUCACAGCAACGGCUCCGCCACGCUCACCGCCCUGCGGCGAUUUGACAGGGAAAGGCAGAGCGAAUUCCACCUGCCGGUUAUUCUGAUCGACGGCGGCGAGCCACCAAUGACAGCCACUGCUACGCUCACCAUCACCAUCGGCGACCAGAAUGACAACGCCCAUCAGGCAGGAGAGAAAGAUGUCUAUGUGCAUACCCGCAAGGGAAGGCUUGCAAAUGCGGCACUGGGGAAGGUGUAUGCCCCAGAUCCUGAUGACUGGGACAACAAGACCUACACUCUGGAGACAAGCGCGGCCAAAUACUUCGGUCUGAACCAGAGCUCGGGAGUGCUGACUAUCAAACCCAACACUCCAGCAGGCAGCUACUGGUUGAGGGUCGGUGUGUCUGACGGAGUGUGGCCCGACGUGUUCUCAGGGGUCAGAGUUCAUGUUAGGGAGCUGGAGGAAAAGUCCAUCUUGUUGUCUGCCUCGCUGCGUCUGACUGGCAUAACAGCGAGAGGAUUUAUCGACCCUCACGUCGAGGGGAAGAGUCGACUGGAGACGUUCUGGGACUUCCUGUCUGGAGCCCUGUCCGUCAGGCCGGGGAGCGUCAACAUUUUCAGUAUAGCAGACAGGGAGGAGAGAACCGUGGACGUCCAUUUCUACGUGCUAACCGAUAAUGGCUACAUGCGCCCCGAGAAACUCCAUUCGGUCCUCGCCGCUCAUAAAACGAAGCUGCAGGCCUUGCUGCACGCGAACGUGAGCCAGGUGCAGGUGGACGAGUGUGUGCGCGCUGCCUGCCAGACAGCCGGCGGCUGCUCCACACGGUUAGGCAUCGCUGACACGCCCACCCUGGUGGACUCGGGUGCCUUAUCCCUGGCGUCGGUGAAGGUGACAUCCUCGGCUGUGUGCGGUUGCGCCGCCAGGGAAAUGACCCGCCAGUCCUGCUCCUCCUACGGCAUUAACCCCUGCCUGAACGGGGGAACGUGCGUGGACACCCAGGGUGGAUACAGUUUUCUGUGCUACAGGUGCCACUGCCCCCCGCAGCUCGAGGGGCCAGAAUGUCAGCAGACGAGGCUUAGUCUCCUUGGCAACGGCUAUGCCUGGUUUCCCCCCAUAAGGCCAUGCUUUGAUAGCCAUCUUUCCCUGGAGUUCAUGACAGCGGAAGACGAUGGACUGCUGCUGUAUGCGGGCCCACUGGCUACUCUGCUGCCCGGGGACAGUGAGGACUACUUGGCCAUAGAAUUGAUUGGUGGGACACCUAGUCUGAAAAUUAACCACGGCUCGGGGACCCUGGUCCUCCAGUUAACAAAUAACAUCGGGGUGACUGACAGACGCUGGCAUCGCCUCGACGUGAGGAGCAAUAGCGAAGAAGUACACUUCACCCUGGAUCGAUGUUCCAGUGCAAUCAUCAUGGAGACGGAGGGUGUGGACUCGUGGGCAGUGACGGAGGACCGCUCAUCCUGCGAAAUCCGCGGGGUCACACCCAACCGGGACAAGUACCUGAAUGGAAGUCAAGUAUUGCAGAUUGGAGGGGUCAACAAUAACAUAUCCUAUGAAUACCCUCAGCUGCAGCACACGCAUUACACUGGAUGUAUAAGGAACCUAGUUGUGGACAGCAAGCUAUAUGACCUUGGCUCCCCAGCUGAAUCCUCCAACACUGUGGCAGGCUGCUCUCUUAUUGAUGACCACUGCAGCAACAUGGAGCGAUCGUCCCCCUGCGGCAAGAGGGGUCGCUGUCACGGCCAAUGGGGCUCCUUCAGCUGCCUCUGUGAACCCGGGUUCACGGGGCCUCAGUGCGAUCAAGGGGCUCCGGAGUUCUCCUUCGACGGCCGCAGCCACGUUCAGUUCCACCUCCUGUGGUCGCUGCCUGCGUGCCUGACGAGGGUCCAGCUCGGGAUUCGGACGCGCGCCGCCUUUGGCGUCGUCCUCAGCCUGCUCUCCCGGGAGCAGAACGAAUACCUACGCCUGGAGGUCAUUCAGGGUCUGCUGGCUGUUUUCUACAACCUCGGAGACGGAGACUACAACCUGACGCUGCCCCACCAUCCCCUCGGCGACGGAGAGUGGCACGAGGCGGAGCUGGAACGGUACGGCAGAGAGUUCACGCUGCGACUGGACGGAGGUGGAGGACGGCGAGAAGUUACGGCCUCGCUCGGGCGGAGUCAGGAGAUCAUCAUCGACCCCUCCGUGGUGAUGCUCGGGAACUCUUUCCCCUCGGGACUCAACCGGAGCUUCCUCGGAUGUUUGAGAGAUGUGAGGUUUAACGGCCGCUCCGUCCCUCUGGGACGGGACCAGCCCACCGAGGGGCUUCAAGUGAUCACUUCGCAGGGCGUCUCUGUUGGCUGCUACUCAGAGGCCUGCAGGAAACAUCACUGCUCCCCUCCCUUAGUGUGUGUGGACCUCUGGAGACACCCUGAGUGCAGGUGCCCCGCGGGUCACAUGACCAAAGAGAGCUCCCUGGGCAAGGUGUGCGUGUACACGCUGUGCGCCAGCCAGCCCUGUCGCCACGGCACCUGCGUGGCUCACUCGCCAUCCCGCUACUCGUGCCGCUGCAGCGAGGGCUACCGGGGGCGACACUGCGAGGUGACGCUCGCCAUGUACCACGACGCGGACAGCACCAGCCUCAGCCUGAGCUCCAUGUUCGCCAUCAGCAUAUGUGUCAUGGCUUUCCUAGUGCUGAUGCUGGGCCUGUUCCUCUACUCCUGCUGGAGGAGACACAAGGGUCUGAAGGAGGGUGUAUACCAUGUGUCUGCACACCACGGCGAUUGGGAGGACAUCCGCGAAAACGUGCUCAACUACGACGAGGAAGGCGGAGGGGAGCAGGACCAGAAUGCCUUCAACAUGGUGGAGCUGCAGCGCUCCCUCCAGCCCAGCCCGGCGCAGUCCCUGCGGUACAGCUACCUGCAGAGCAUCGUUUCCUCCCCGCAGACCAAGCCCCCCGAGGACGACGUCAAGAAGGGGGCGCCUAACGGGAACGGCAGCGCAACCAUAGCCCUGCGUCUGGCCAUUCCGCCGUCGGAGACGGAGAGCCUCCCGUCCCCGCUGACCUUCCGGCGCUCGCAGAAAGCCCUCUCCUUCUCCAGCCAGGACCUGGCCCGCUACCUGUGCGAGGUCAUCAGGGACAUGGAGCACCCGGAGGAGCUCGGCGCCAUGACCACGCCGCGUUGCCCCCACAGAAAGGAGCGCCGGCUGGCUGCGGUUCGCUCGCUGAGCUCCCUCGGCGCGCUGCAGGGGUCAGAGGUCAGGCUCCAGGCGGCCCAGGGCAACCGGCUGGACAGGUUUAAAACCCUGCGGGCCGUGGUAAGCGAUUUGAGGGGAGAGUCCAAGGCUCCGGAGGGCCAGAAAGACAAACUGAAGGAGAGCAGAGGGCAGCUGAGCUGUGAGAAGAGCGGGUGAGGCUGCGGCAGAAAAGCGAUGCAAAUCAGAAGGCGUUGGUGGGAUUCCAAAGGGAGAUGAUUCAAUGUGAAAUGUGAGACUAGGAGGUCGCCCUCCCCCCGUGAAGUCUACUAUAAAUGUACUGUAUUGAUGAAACUUUGAUCAUUUACGUUCUUUUAUAUACAACAUGUUUACCAAUGAAUGAUCGGAUGUGACGUAUUGUUUACUCGGCAUUGCACUGUACAGUAUUUACUUCACAGAAAGCACUUUUUGAAAGCGCCCUGUGUCAAAACCUUUCAUGUCCUAAAGCUCAUAAGUCUGCAAGCAAGACGGUAAAUGAGUUUCCUGUGCGAGGGCUGGAUUCUUGUUCUGCCAUUAAUGACUCAUGAAAUUAUUUGUGAUAAAUGAUUUUGUUUCAUUUGUAUUAUCUAUUUCCUUUUAAAUAAAUAAUGAUCUUUGAUAAUA